AUGGGUCACAUCGAAGAUCCAGCCGAGAUCGCCGCCAUCGCAACCGAAUUCAUUUCGAACCUCGACAACCUCCCCGCCGAGGUGUCGCACAUGAUUAAGGAAAUCGAGCACAAAGAUGCCAAGAUCCAAGACCUUCUUCCGAAGAUUUCCGCUCGCGAAGCGCAACUUCGCGACCUCCUCUACAAAUCCGGACCCUCCCCAUCGACCAACCUAUCCGAAGCGGACCGGGUGAAAGCCGAAAAGCUCGCGGACAAGAUCCGUACGGACUAUGCGCGGGCAGACGAGUGGUCUUCCCAAAAAGAAGCGCUCAGUGUUCGACUGUGGCGUGCCAUCCAUGCGCAUCACAAGCAUCUCAAGGAGGAGAUGAACAAGAUUAGUCCGGCGGUGCUGAGCAACUACUCGGCGACGGCGUCGAUCGGUACGCCGCAGGUGCCGAGUUUGGCGGCGCUGCCUGCGGCGUUGGCGGGGUUGAAGAGUCCAGCCGUGGAGCUGGACAGCCCGCUGGCGGGGUUGAAGCGCAAGCACAGUCUGUUGUCGCCAGGCAUCAGCCCGUUGACGCCAGGUACGCCGAUGAGCGCUGCUGCACGCGCGAGGGCCGGUGGACGGACUACGCCGGUGGACUCGGGAUCGCCUGCUCCCCCAGAACGUGGGUUGGGCGGGCCGAUGCGCGGCGCUGGAGCGCGAAAGACGCGAGGCGGCUCGCUAGCAGCCAGCGGACCGGGAAGAUCCGCCCUCUCGCAAAGCGCCGAGUUCGGCGGCCUCGCAGGGAUGGAAGGCUUCGAGGGCGAACCCGGCGAAGGCGAGGAGGGAGAGGAGAAGGACGACACACCUUACUGCUUCUGCCAGCGCGUAUCGUUCGGCGAGAUGAUCGGUUGCGACAAUGCAGAGAACGACCCGGACUGCAAGGAGUGGUUCCACAUCGGAUGCGUCGGCGUCACCAAACCGCUGCCGCAGAAGUGGUACUGCUCCGAAUGUUUGGCCAAGCUCAAGAACAAACGCAGAAGGCAGUGA